AACUUUAACGCAGAGAUACAUGCAACUCCGCAGGUUGUGCUUCUGUAUCCCGAUUAGUUUUAAUCUCAGUUUGUCUGGAAGUAACAGUUAACCGAGGCGCACUGGGACCGGGAAGCAUUUGGUUUUGGAGAUUCAUUAUUACUUAAUUUUUUUGGUUGAGGACAAAUUGGAGCUCAACAUGCCUCGAUCAUUUCUUGUCAAGAAGUAUUUCUCAACCAAGAAGCCAUAUUACAGGGAAAGCCAACUGGAAAGCCAAACUGCUUUUGUCCCGGAAAGCUUUCCAUUGGCUGAACUUCCAACUCAGAAUAACGCCUCUGCACUCACCUGCCAUCCCAGCAGCCCCUUCUUCACAAGCUCAGAUGUCCUGCCUGCUCCUUUUUCCCCACUUACCCUUGUUUCCUUGCCUCCUUCUCCAUUGGGCCCUCUGAACCUCAGCAGCUCUCCUUCCAGUAGCAGCGGUGAGGAAUCUGAGGACGGUGGACGGACCUCUGAUCCCCCCAGUCCAGAGGCCAUCCAUAACGUCUUCCACUGUAGUAAGACCUACAGCAGCCUCUCUGCACUCUCGCAUCAUCAGGUGUCCAGCCACCAGCUCCCUCCCGAUGGAUCGUCAUCACAGACCCCCCCCAUGCCCUCAGAGGCAUCGCCGCGUCCAGCCUUUCACUGCAAACACUGCUCCAAGGAGUACACCAGCCUGGGAGCACUGAAGAUGCACAUCCGCUCUCACACCCUUCCCUGCGUCUGUCCAACUUGCGGCAAGGCCUUCUCCAGGCCCUGGCUGCUGAGGGGACACAUCCGCACACACACAGGUGAGCGCCCCUUCGCCUGUCAACACUGUAACCGGGCCUUCGCUGACCGCUCCAACCUCCGUGCCCACUUGCAAACCCACUCUGAGGUGAAGAAGUACCAGUGCAGCACCUGCUCUCGGACCUUCAGCCGCAUGUCCCUGCUGCACAAACACAGCUCCUCUGGAUGUUGUCCCUCCUCGUAGAGCAUGGUUCCCCAGAGCGCCUUGAAAGGAGACCCAGCUGAAGCUGGUUUGCGAUGAGAAAACACAAAUUGUUGUCACCUGCCUAGAAUGCAGUUUCUUUAAGUGCCUUUAAUUCAUGAUUGUCCAACUUGAUCUCACACUGUUAUUUGCUGCAUGUUUUUGAAACUGGCAGCUGAAAGUGUUGUUAAUUCCCAGGAAACUUAAUUGGUGCCGGCCGGUCCGGGACUGUGGCCAUGUUGCAGCUGCUUGGGUGUGUUUUUUUGCUUAUGCGGGGAUGUCAUUCCUCACCAUGCUAUAGAUGCAUGAUGUGUGGGUGUUGAGACAGCUGUCUGCAUGGUGCACCAUGGAGGCAGGGUGCUGAGAGACGCGCUAGCUGCAACCUCAACGACAGGUGAUGCACACACCAUUUGCCCUGUCCUCGCUGCACAACCAUUCUGGGAUGUAAUAGCUCACUUGAGCCUGACCAAAUUUUUUUUUUUUACAACUUUCAAUCUGCAGAUUUUGUAAAACAUUUGCUUGAAGAUGAAUUUAAUUUUGCAGAGUUGUGUAUUUUUAUUCCUGUCAUUUGUAAAUA